AGUCUCUCUUCAAUAGGUUGAUUUCCUUGGCUCGACAGUUCGACUCCCAUCAAUUCGAAGUCUUAACUGAUCUUCCAUACGUAUUGAAGCUUGUCGUCCUUGCUGCCUCCGAUUGUCCUUACUGAUCCUGAUCCAACCAAUCUCCUCUUGGCCUUUCCUCUCUCUCAGGACGAGUUUUCAAUCAAAGAGGGGUUAUCAGCAAGGGAGGCGCCUUUCACAUCUCCCACGCCGUCUUUACUACUGGUCUCCACUGCCUUCCCAAGGCAGUACUUCUGCACUACCGCCUGGCCUCGGGGGACGCGAACAAUUCACUUUUGCUUCACCAUGGCCGACAUCGAUGCGGAACUUCUUGCGCUCGCCGGAGGUGACUCCUCCGGUGAAGAAAGUGCGCCUUCUUCUCCAAAACCAAAGUCCCCUUCUCCAUCUCGAAGCAAACAACAGACUCGAAGAGCAACAAGCCCAGCAGAUAUGGCUCGUAAAGGUGUCGCAAAGAGUGCCCGGCGAGCUCGGCGCCGCAAGGUAUAUUCUGACGAUGAUGGUGAAGUAUCAUCUGUCUCACAGCAUUCCGAAUCCGCCUCGAUGUCGCAAUCUGACUCCGAGGCUGAUUUCGAUUCUGGCGCUGACAAACCAAUCUUUCCAUACGAGAAGCUCUAUUACGAUGCCGAAGACAAGGCCCGGAUCGAGUCCAAACCUGAAAUCGAAAGAGAAGAGAUCCUGGCGCAGAGAAGUGAGCAAGUCGAACGACACGAGCAAGAUCUGACUCUUCGCCGUCUUGUGGCUGCGAGAGCCCGAGAAGAGGCAAAGACCACCGCAAAGAACAAGCGUAAGGCCAGUGCUGCCGAAUUGGAAGACACACAGCGCAAAAGCACUCGCCAGCGUACCAAGGUUGGUGGUGGCAGGGUUGGCGAGGCUAGCACUGCCAUCGAAGCAUACAAACAACAACGUGCCGAGAAAAACUUACGGGAGGAGCAGAGGAAGAGAGAUGGCUAUGUUCGAAAGGCUCCAUCUCCAGAACAAGACUAUAGCGAUGCUGAGGCAGAUGCUGAAAGUGAGAACGACUACGAUGAUCGCAGAUACAGGCGACGGUCCCCCAGCCCUCCUAAGGAUGAGCCAAUUGCUGAACUCGCCGAUAUUCAGAGAGCAAAAGUUGGUCGAGACAAUUUUGCCCAGGUCUGCUACACCCCAGGAUUUGAAGAAGCGAUUACAGAUUGCUACGCCCGUGUAUGUCUUGGUCCUGGUCAGGAUCCAAAGGUCAAUGAUUAUCGACUUUGUCGUAUUAAAGGAUUUGUCACAGGCAAACCGUACGCCAUGGUCGGGUCAAACGGGAGGCCAUUUCCUGUGGAGAGAUACAUCAUGGCAGCUCAUGGCAGACAUGAGAAAGCCUGGUCCUUCCUCGAGUGCUCAAUGUCUAAGUUCACGGAGGAAGAAUGGAGACGGUACCGGGUGGUCAUGGCCAAUGAUGACCUCAAACUUCCCACAAAGAAGUUCAUCAAUUCGAAGCUCGAUAAAAUCAACCAACUACUGAAGCAUCGAUUCACGGAAGAUGAAAUUGAUGCGAGAAUGCGAAUUCAGAAUGAGCUCACGGAGAAAAUCACCAGAGCUCGUGAGAAGGAGAUCCUCAAAGAGGAAAUCAAAGGAGCUAUUGCUGAAGGAAACGACGAACUCGCUGAGGAACUAGAAAAUAAGCUGGCAAAUAUCGUCCCGAUGAAGCUGGCCUUCGGAACGAGUCUAUUCCGUUCAGAUUCCAAUGAAGUCAGUCAAGAGCAGGAGCGAAUUGCAGAGCUCAAUCGGAGGAACCAGCGAUUGAACGCCGAAAACAUUCGCAAAGCACAGCUUGCUGAAAUGAGGGCACGAAGAACGAAAAAACACCUAGCUCCUGGCGUUGAUGAACUGUUCGAAGGUGGUAGUGACAUCAGUCGGACUGGAACACCCAUCAACGGCGCUGGUACGCCCAAGCUGGCAGCCGGCCUCUCGCGCGCUGCAACUCCCAAUCCUACUACUCUUGCAAAUGGCACCCCGAGAAGCUCGACCCCGACGACGAACGGCCUCAAACCGACUACCGAGAAGAAGAAAGGACUUCCAGUCAUUCGCAAGGCCGCAUUGGACGAUGAGAUUUUGGCCAAUAUGGACCUCGGGAUUGACAUUGAUCUCGAUAUUUGAGUGAUGAAAGCAGAUGAGUGUAUCGACAAUCUUGGGAAGGCGUAGCCUUGGAGUGUUUGUGCAAUACUAUUACCUUGAGAACCAUUGAUCGUGGUUCGUACCUAGCCUAGGAGAAUUGUCGUCUUUGAGCGGCUAGACAGCAUUCCGUGUUACUACGGUUGGUAUUGCUUGAACAAUACCUCGCAUCUUGCAAUUCUAGACGGUAUCUGCACUGCCCGAGGAAUGAGACUAUACACAGGUAGUGUUUCGCCUGAAUAUUUCAACAUGCAUGUUCAAACAACAUUUCACUAUCUAGUUACGAUUACCACAUGC